AUGCCGCGCCCCAGGGCUGGAGGCUGCCCCUACUCUGGUCCCUCGCCAUCUUUUCCAGCAAGUUCAAAUCCUGCCCUCAUAAUGCUAGAGGUCUGCGUCAGGCUGCGGGAAGAAGAGGUCGCCUGGUGCCGGGUCAGGAAGAUCAGGGACUGGACACCUCAAGCACCACCCUCGUGUUCGGCAGAGUGCGACGCGUCCAUGGGAAUUUCUGCGUCGAAGGCUGCCCUCGGGGCUACCACGGAUGAGCCCACAGAACCAGAGCCAAAACACCUGGCCGAUCUAAUACAGUACAUAAAUGAAACAAAUAUGAGUGUUGUACAUCUGGCUAAUAUUCUUUCUGAGAAAACUAGGAGCAACAGCUGGGUGGUGGUGUUCAAAGCCCUCAUUACCGUGCAUCAUCUCAUGGUAUAUGGGAAAGAGCGUUUUAUCCGACAUCUUGCAUCUCGAAACUCAUUGUUCACUUUACACAACUUCCUAGAUAAAAGUGUCACAGAAGGCUAUACUAUGUCAGCCUUCAUCAGACGAUACAGCAGAUACUUGAAUGAAAAGUCACUCGCGUAUAGACUGAUUGCAUCUGACAUCACAAAAGUCAAGAGAGGGACGGAUGGUGUGAUGAGAAUUAUGAAUACCAAAGAUCUGCUAAACACACUUCCAGUUAUUCAAACCCAAUUGGAUGCUCUUCUUAAUUUUAAUGCAAAGCCAGAUGAACUAACUAAUGGUAUAAUACAUGCUGCUUUUAUGCUCCUUUUUAAAGAUUCUCUUCGUCUCUUUGCAGCCUAUAAUGAAGGGAUCCUUAAUCUUCUAGAUAAGUAUUUUGACAUGAGGAAGAACCAAUGCAGGGAAAGUUUGGAUAUUUACAUCAAGUUCCUUGGAAGAACAACCAAAUUUGCACAGUUCCUGAAAGUUGCAGAGCAAGUUGGAAUUGACCAGAGUGACAUUCCAUAUCUUACUCAGGCACCCCACAGUUUCAUUGAAGCACUAAAACAACAUUUAGCUUCUUUGGAAAAGAAAAAUGACAUUUUACCUCCUUAUGGAUUGUUUCCCCUACAUGAUGUGUUACAACUUACAUUACCUUCAGCAGCCGGCAAAUCUGUUGGAGACAAACAGCAAGGUGCAACGAUAAUAGCAAACAACUUGGACGGCUCACUUGUUAGCCUCGUAGGAAAUCUUAACUUUGGAGAAAGCCCCAUUGACAAAAAUUCAGAGACGUAUUAA